AUGGCGGACAUACAGGUCCAGCGACCUGUGGUUUCCUGCAGGGCAUGCGGAGACUUUAACGACUGGGCUCACUACACAUCUCCUUGCAUGAUGCAUAUCUCGCCUGAGAUGGGGCACAUGAGGCCAAAGACCCCGGCCAUGACAAUCCCCAGGAUAAGAGACAUCAGCAAAUUAUUAACGGGCACUCCCAUCCCGAAAGCCUCAGACGGGGUGGACAAAGAGGCCUCAACAGACCUGUCAGACAAAGAGGUCAGUCCACCCCAAGCAAGGCCUACCAAGCCUACUCCAUCAGGCUCCAGUGCACCAGAAGCAGCAUCAGCUUCAACACCCUCCACGAAACAAGACAAAGCAAACAUAUAA